AUGGAUUCAUCAAAAGGAAAUUUACUAACAUCAACAUCAUUAAACGAUGGACAUAAAACACCUGUAUCAUCAUUAGCUAAUACAAGUACGAUUGAUAAUAAUAAUACAAAUGAACAUACAACUAUGUCUCUGAAUCGUCGUGAUGGUCCAUUAGCACAAAAACUUGCAAGUAAACUUUCAAUUGUUGCCAAUACAAAUGUAUCAAUAUCAUCAACAAAUAAUCAUAAUCAUUAUAAAAGUUCACCAAAUGGUAAUCAUGAUGUUGAAGAACAAGAACAACUUAGUCCAUUAGCUGGUACUUGGGGUUUUCUACCAUCACCAACCGAAAAUGAUGAAUCAUCUUCAAUUUUAUCUCAUAGUCAAACACGAUCAUCAGAAUCGAAUUCACCACAUAAAUCAUCAAAUCAGAAAAAGAUGGAUCAGUCAUACUCACGUGAACAUACCGAUAAACAUUUACUAAUAAUGACCAGUAAAAAUACAAAUGAAGAUUCGAUGGAAAGUCUAGAUCCAGUUAAUUAUGAUGAAGAAAUGCUUCGAACACCUCGAAUUAUUCUUCAAAAAAUACAAUUUGAUGAUCCAAAUCUUUUUCCUGCUGAUCUAACACCUGAUUUAGUAAAAGAAUUAUCACAAGAAAAUAAUCAUCGUCAAAAUAAUCGACAACGUCGUUCAAAUAAUAGUAGUACAACAUCAUUAAAUCCAUCACCAAAAAAAAAACGUCAUCGAAAUACAUCACAUAAUGAACAAAAUUAUGAAUUUGAUGAUGAUAAUAAUAAUAAUAAUGAUGAUGAUGAUGAUGAUGAAUAUCAAUCAUCAAAAAAACGUAUACGUCGUAUUGGUUUAAUAAAUGAAAAUAUUCAUAUAAAUAAUAAUCAUUCAUUUGAUGCUAUGGAUGCAUUUAAAAAAAAGACACGUGAUCGUUUAGCAAAUAAAGUAUUAGAUAUAGAUGCUAAUCCACAUGAAAAUACAUCUUAUAAACAAUUUGUUAAAUUAUUAGAUAUAUUUAAUGAUGAUUAUGAACGUCAUCAUAAUGAUAUAGAUCAAAUUGAUGAUGAAAAUUAUCUUGAUUUAUUAUUAUCUGAUUAUACAUUAAAUGAAAUGGUAAUAUUAUCGGAAAAAUUAAAACUUUCAACAUAUAUGUCAUGUAUUGAUUUAUUUAAAUUAAAACGUUUAUUAGAAAUUUUAUCAUUACGUAUAAAACAAGGUAUUGAAUUGAGUCCUAUACUUAAACAUGAUAUUAAUGAUGAACAUAAAGAAACUGAAGAAGAUGAACGUACAUGGAGAGAUUUAAUAUUUGAACGUUUAACAAUGUGUGCUAAUGCAUCGGAAAUAGCAUUAAAUAUAAUGACAACAUUAAAUAUGCCAAAAGAAAUUCUUGUUGAAAAUGUUAUUGAAUAUACAGCAUUAUUUAUAAAAGCACAAUUAGCUAAAACUAUUUUUCCUGAAUAUGAUCCACUUUAUCGUAGUGAUAAUCAAUCAAAAGAUCCUUUAUUAACAAAACAAAAACGAUCGAAAACAACUGGAACAAAAUGUAAACAAGUGCAAAUACUUUAUAAUAAAAUUAUUUCAUUAUUUCAAGGAAUUGCAGAUUUAAUGCCAUUAGGAAAAUUUACUGAUACAAUUAUUCUUGCUAUUUCUUCAUUUACUGUUAGUUGUAUUUUUGUUGAAAAUAUUUUUGAUUUACAAGCUCAUUCAAUAACAAUUCUUCCUGAAUUAUUUUCACGUUAUGAAUAUCAUCGUGAUUCUAUUCUUGAUGAUUUACUUUUAUCAAUAGUACGUUUACCAACAAGUAAAAAAAGUCUUCGUUGUUAUCGUUUACCAUCAGGUGAAUCAAUACAAAUGUUUACAGCAUUAAUUAUGCAUUUAGUACAUUCACCUGUACAAACAAUAAAUUCUAAUAUAAUUGAUGCAGGAAAUGAAUUAAAUUUAUUAAAUACAUAUGUUAUUGGACAAAAUAUAGCAUAUAAAUUUUUAACAUUAUUUUUUCGUUCAUGUGGAACAAAACAAGGUGAAGAUGAUUAUCGAAUAAUAUUUGAAAAUUUUCUAGCUGAUUUACUUACAACAGCUAAUCGACCUGAAUGGCCAGCAUCAGAAAUACUAUUAACAUUAUUAUCACGUAUAUUAAUGAAAAAUUUUUCUAAUCAAUCAAUACCAAUAUCAAUACGUUUACAAUCAUUAGAAUAUUUAGGAUCAGUUGCAGCACAAUUAAGAAAAGAUACUAUUGAAUUAGAUGUUUUAAAUUCAAGAGAUAAUCAAGAAAGACUUGAUCAAGUUAUUCAUAAAACUUUAUUAAAUAUUGAAACAGAUGAAGAUGUAUUAGAAGUAUAUAAAACUGAUCCAUUACGUUAUCACCGUAGUUUAAUUAUUUAUCUUAAUGAAUUAAGUCAAUGUGAACCAACUAUUCAUUUUGCUAAAAUGUUUCAUAUUGGUCAAUGGCUUCGUGAUAUUAAUUUAACAAUUGAACGUUUAAAUCAAACAUUAACAAGACGAGUUAAACCUAAAAAUCAUGCUGAAUUAGUUGAUGUUGAUAUGGAUGAAUCUAUAGAUAAUAAUAAACAUUCAAAUCCAGUUAUAACAGUUACUGAUGAAAUUGAAUUAAAAAAAAAUGAAAAAAUGACUAUACUUAAAAUGCUUACAUUACCAAUAACUAUACGUAAACAACAACGAUAUACAUCAGAUAUUGAUUAUGAUGAUAUGUGUUUAUUAAUGCGUUAUUUAACAUCACAUAGACCAUUUUUAAAAACAUUUGAUGUUUAUCUUAAACAAUUAGCUGCUGUAUUUCAAUCUGAAGCAGGAACAAAUAUACGAAGUAAAGCAAUGAAAUGUUUAUGUACAGUUGUUGAAGCUGAUCCAACAAUAUUAGGAAGAAAUGAUAUUAAAUCAUGUGUUAAAGUUGGUUUAACAGAUAAAAGUGUUAGUGUUAGAGAAGCAGCUAUUGAUCUUAUUGGACGAUAUAUUGUACAUAAACAAUUACUUAUAUUACAAUAUUAUGAUGUUCUUUGUGAACGAAGUAUUGAUACAGGUGUUAGUGUUCGUAAACGUGUAGUAAAAAUAUUUCGUGAUGUUUGUUUAUCUCAACCUGAUUUUGUUCGUAUACCUGAUAUAUGUUCACGUUUAUUACGACGUAUUAAUGAUGAAGAUUCUAUACGUAAACUUGUACUUGAAACAUUUCAACAAUUAUGGUUUACACCAACAUCUAAUCAUUAUGAAGUUCGACAACGUGUUCAAACAAUAAUUGAUGUAUUAAUUGAUGCACAAAAACAAAAUAAUACAUGGUUAGAAAAUUUAGUUAAAGAAUUUCUUCAAACAAAUGAUAAACAAUCAAAUGAUGAUAAAGUUAAAAUUCGUGAACAACGAAAAUAUGUUUUAAAAGCUAUACAAGAUAUUAUUAAUGAAUUAGUUGAAUCUAUACUUAAAAUUGAAUCAGCUAAUGAUCAAGUUUCAUCAAAUAAAAUGGUUGCAACAUUUAUUGCACUCUAUGCAUUAGGUAAAGCAAAACCUGAACAUGUUCUACCACAUGUAUCAACUAUAGUUGAAUAUUUAAAUAUAAAAUGUACAUCAUAUAAUGAUAAUGUUAUUGUACAAUAUGUUGCUAAAAUUCUUGAAUUUACUGUACCAUUAAUGAAAUCAGCAUCAUCAAGUAUAAUUUAUUCAUUAGAAGGUAGUUUAACAAAAUUAUUACUCGUUAGUGGUCAAUUAGUUAUACAUUCAAGUAUAGCUUGUUUAGCAGCUGCUAUUCGUCUUUCAAAAAAUGUUGCACUUGUUAAAGAUGUUUUAUUGAGAUAUCAUUCAUUUAUUAUUCAAUGUCAAUUAAAAAUAAUUGAAAAUCCAAAUGAAGAAUUUAAAGGAAGUGCACAAUUGGCUAGAUCAAUUUAUAUAUUAGGUGUUCUAUGCAAAUAUUUUGAUAUAGAAAGAAGUGAAUAUGAUGAUCUUCAAUUUUCAGUUGAAGAUAUAUUUCAAUUAUUUAUGUUUUUUAUUGAACGACCUGAUUCCGUUAUUAAAUUAAAAUCUCUUGUUGGUCUUGGUUUUUUUCUACAACGUUAUGGACAAUAUUUAAUUGAAGAUACUAUUCGUCAAUUAUAUAAUACAUAUUUACUUGAUCGUCGUCCAUCAGCUGCUCAAUUACGUUGUCAAGUAUUAAUUAAUUUAGAAGAAUAUUUUCGUGAUUGUAUACGUCGUAUGGCUGAACAAGACAUUGAUUAUCUUCAUUUACCAACAACAACAACAACAACAACAAAUAUAAAUGAUGAUGAAAAUAGUAAUGAUGCUCAUCAAAUAACGGGUGCUAAUCUUAAAGAUACAACUGAUAUACAUUCGGAAAUGGCUAGUUCAAUUGCUCAAUGUUAUUUACGUAUUGUAUUAGAUACAUAUUUAAGUGAAGAUGAAAUAAUUCGUCAAUGUGUACGUAAAGUAGUAACAUGUAUAUUAGAACAAGGUCUUGUACAUCCAGUUCAAUUUAUUCCAUUUCUUAUUGCUAUGACAACUGAUCGUGAUAUAAAUAUUCAACAAAGUGCUGAACAAAAUUUACAAGAUUUAGAUAAAACAAAUCCAGGUAUUAUACAAACAAAAGUUAUGCAAGGUUUUAAAAUGAGUUAUCAAUUACAAAAAUUACUUUUAAUACAAAAUAAUAAUCAUCAUCAAUUAGUCGAUCCACAAUCAGAUAUUAUUCGAGGUAAAUAA